AAACAAGGCAAGGAGGAUCAGGAGGCCGAUGAUGACAGUAAAGAGCGACAGGAGGAGCAGAGGAUGAUCGGGGAGGAGGAGAAGAAGAAAAGACAGGAUGACGAAGAGAAGAUGUUUGCAAGUGAAGAUUCGUUGGAUGAGGAGUUCAUCCAGCCCUUGCUUCAAACCAGCAAAGAUAUGAUGGGAAGUGGAGAGAGGGGGAGCCAGGAGAAGGAAGAGAAAAGACCAGAAAAGAGAGUUGGGGAGGACCAGGAAGGGUGGGAUGAAGCAAAGGUAAGAGAAGAAGAGAGGCAGCGAAGGGAGCAGUUAAAGAAGGAGAGCAAGGAAGAGGCAGAGAGGGAUAUGAAAGAGGAAGAGAAGAGGAGGAAGCAGAUGGAAGAAGAUGCUGAGGCAUCAGAGGAGGACACAGAAGUUUGCUUCUUGUUCUCUGACCCUGAAGCGGAGAAGGAAGAGAAGCCUGAGGAUGAUGAGGAAGAGGAAGAUGAGGUAUGUUUACUGGUGCCUGAUAAGGAGGCAGAGGCGGAGGUGGAGGAGGAAGAGGAGGAAGGAGAGAGCAAAGAGGACAAGGUUGAGGGAGAGGGGGACGUGUGUUUGCUUCAAUCUGAUGAGGAAGAGGAUGAGCAGCCAAAGGAGAGUGAGGAAGAGAAGAGAAGGAAGAUGGAGGAACAGCCGGAGUCAGAGGAGGAUGAGGAGGUGUGCGCACUGAGAGCUGAAGAGGAUCAAACGAAGGUGAGAGAGGAAGCGAGGAAGAGACAAGAGGAAGAGGAGAGGAGGCAGAUGGAGGAAGGUGUGAGGAAGAGGGAGGUGGAGGAAGAUGGUGAGGCAUCAGAGGAGGAUGCAGCAAUCUGUCCAUGGAUGCCUGAUGAUGAAGAAGAAAAAGAGCGUGAGGAAGAGAGGAAGAGACCGGAGGAAGAGGAGAGGAAGAUUGAGGAAAAGACAACAGGAGACGUGUGUUUGCUUCAAUCUGAUGAGGAAGAGGAUGAGGAGCCAAAAGAAAGUGAGGAAGAGAAGAGAAGGAAGAUGGAGGAACAGCCGGAGUCGGAGGAGGAUGAGGAGGUGUGUGCAUUGAGAGUUGAAGAGGAUCAAGCAAAGGCAAAGAAGAAAAAGGAGGAAGAUGUGAGAAAGCCAGAGAUGGGGGAAGAUGGUGAGGCAUCAGAGGAGGACGCAGAGGUCUGUCCAUGGAAACCAGAUGAUGAUGAAGAAGAAAAGGAGCGUGAGGAACAGAGGAGGAGACAAGAGGAAGAGGAGAGGAAGAGACAGGACGAGGAAAGGAGGAGACAGGAAGAAGAGAAGAAGAUUGAGAAAACAACAACAGGCGAUGUCUGUUUGCUUCAAUCUGAUGAGGAAGAGGACGAGCAGCCAAAGGAGAGUGAGGAAGAGAAGAAAAGGAAAAUGGAGGAACAGCCAGAGUCAGAGGAGGAUGAGGAGGUGUGCGCACUGAGAGUUGAAGAAGAUCAAGCAAAGGCGAGAGAGGAAGCGAGAAAGAGAGAAGAGGAAGCAGAGAAGAAGAGGCAGAUGGAGGAAGAUGAGAGGAAGGGUGAGAUGGAGGAAGAUGGUGAGGCAUCAGAGGAGGAUGCAGAGGUUUGUCCAUGGAAAGCAGAUGCAGAUGAAGAAAAAAAGGAGCAUGACGAAGCGAGGACGAGUCAGGAGGAAGAGGUGAAGGAGGUUGAGGAGGUAAAAGAGAUUGAGGAAGAGACAACAGGAGGCGUGUGUUUGCUUCAAUCUGAUGAGGAAGAGGAUGAGGAGCCAAAGGAGAGUGAGGAAGAGAAGAGAAGGAAGAUGGAGGAACAGCCGGAGUCGGAGGAGGAUGAGGAGGUGUGUCCACUGAGAGUUGAAGAGGAUCAAGCGAAGGCGAGGAAGAAAAAGGAGGAAGAUAUGAGGAAGGCAGAGAUGGAGGAUGGUGAGGCAUCAGAGGAGGACGCAGAGGUCUGUCCAUUGAAACCAGAUGAUGAUGAAGAAGAAAAGGAGCGUGAGGAACAGAGGAAGAGACAAGAGGAAGAGGAGAGGAAGAGACAGGAGGAAGAGGAGAGGAAGAUUGAGGAAAAGACAACAGGAGAAGUGUGUUUGCUUCAAUCUGAUGAGGAAGAGGAUGAGCAGCCAAAGGAGAGUGAGGAUGAGAAGAGAAGGAAGAUGGAGGAACAGCCGGAGUCGGAGGAGGAUGAGGAGGUGUGCUCACUGAGAGUUGAAGAAGAUCAAGCAAAGGCGAGAGAGGAAGCGAGGAAGAGAGAAGAGGAAGAAAAGAGGAAGAGGCAAUUGGAGGAAGAUGGUGAGGCAUCAGAGGAGGAUGCGGAGGUUUGUCCAAUGAAACCAGAUGCAGACGAAGAAGAAAAGGAGCGUGAGGAAGAGAGGAAGAGACAAGAGGAAGAGGAGAGGAGGAGACAGGAGGAAAAGGAGAGGAAGAUUGAAGAAGUGAAGGAGGUUGAGGGAGAGACAACAGGAGAAGUGUGUUUGCUUCAAUCUGAUGAGGAAGAGGACGAGCAGCCAAAGGAGAGUGAGGAAGAGAAGAGAAGGAAGAUGGGGGAACAGCCGGAGUCAGAGGAGGAUGAGGAGGUGUGCUCACUGAGAGUUGAAGAAGAUCAAGCAAAGGCGAGAGAGGAAGCGAGGAAGAGAGAAGAGGAAGAAAAGAGGAAGAGGCAAAUGGAGGAAGAUGGUGAGGCAUCAGAGGAGGAUGCGGAGGUUUGUCCAAUGAAACCAGAUGCAGACGAAGAAGAAAAGGAGCGUGAGGAAGAGAGGAAGAGACAAGAGGAAGAGGAGAGGAGGAGACAGGAGGAAAAGGAAAGGGAGAUUGAGGAAGUGAAAGAGGUUGAGGGAGAGACAACAGGAGGCGUGUGUUUGCUUCAAUCUGAUGAGGAAGAGGAUGAGGAGCCAAAGGAGAGUGCGGAAGAGAAGAGAAGGAAGAUGGAGGAACAGCCGGAGUCGGAAGAGGAUGAGGAGGUGUGUCCACUGAGAGAUGAAGAAGAUCAAGCGAAGGCGAGAGAGGAAGCGAGGAGGAGAGAAGAAGAAGAAAAGAGGAAAAGGCAAAUGAAGGAAGAUGGUGAAGCGUCAGAGGAGGAUGCGGAGGUUUGUCCAUGGAAAGCAGAUGAUGAUGAAGAAAAAGAGCGUGAGGAAGAGAGGAAAAGACAAGAGGAAGAGGAGAGGAGGAGACAGGAGAAGGAGAGGAAGAUUGAGGAAAAGACAACAGGAGACGUGUGUUUGCUUCAAUCUGAUGAGGAAGAGGAUGAGGAGCAAAAGGAAAGUGAGGAAGAGAAGAGAAGGAAGAUGGAGGAACAGCCGGAGUCGGAGGAGGAUGAGGAGGUGUGCUCACUGAGAGUUGAAGAAGAUCAAGCGCAGGCGAGGAAGAAAAAGGAGGAAGAUGAGAGGAAGAGGCAGAUGGAGGAUGGUGAAGCAUCAGAGGAGGAUGCAGAGGUCUGUCCAUGGAAGCCUGAUGAUGAUGAAGAAGAAAAGGAGCGUGAGGAAGAGAGGAAGAGACAAGAGGAAGAGGAGAGGAGGAGACGGGAGAAAGAGAGGAAGAUUGAGGAAAAGACAACAGGAGACGUGUGUUUGCUUCAAUCUGAUGAGGAAGAGGAUGAGGAGCAAAAGGAAAGUGAGGAAGAGAAGAGAAGGAAGAUGGAGGAACAGCCGGAGUCGGAGGAGGAUGAGGAGGUGUGCUCACUGAGAGUUGAAGAAGAUCAAGCGCAGGCGAGGAAGAAAAAGGAGGAAGAUGAGAGGAAGAGGCAGAUGGAGGAUGGUGAAGCAUCAGAGGAGGAUGCAGAGGUCUGUCCAUGGAAGCCUGAUGAUGAUGAAGAAAAGGAGCGUGAGGAAGAGAGGAAGAGACAAGAGGAAGAGGAGAGGAGGAGACGGGAGAAAGAGAGGAAGAUUGAGGAAAAGACAACAGGAGACGUGUGUUUGCUUCAAUCUGAUGAGGAAGAGGAUGAGGAGCAAAAGGAAAGUGAGGAAGAGAAGAGAAGGAAGAUGGAGGAACAGCCGGAGUCGGAGGAGGAUGAGGAGGUGUGCUCACUGAGAGUUGAAGAAGGUCAAGCGAAGGCGCGAGAGGAAGCGAGGAAGAGAGAAGAGGAAGAAAAGAGGAAAAGGCAGAUGGAGGAAGAUGAUGAGGCAUCAGAGGAGGACGCAGUGGUCUGUCCAUGGAAUCCUGAUGAUGAUGAAGAAGAAAAAGAGCGUGAGGAAGAGAGGAGGAGACAGGAAGAAAAGGAAAGAAUGAGACAGGAGGAAGAGGAGAGGAAGAUUGAGGAAAAGAUAACAGAAGAUGUGUGUUUGUUUCAAUCUGAUGAGGAAGAGGACGAGGAGCCAAAGCAGAGUGAGGAAGAAAAGAAAAGGAAGAUGGAGGAACAGCCGGAGUCGGAAGAGGAUGAGGAGGUGUGCUCACUGAGAAUUGAAGAAGGUCAAGCGAAGGCGAGAGAGGAAGCGAGGAAGAGAGAAGAGGAAGAAAAGAGGAAAAGGCAGAUGGAGGAAGAUGGUGAGGCGUCAGAGGAGGAUGCGGAGGUUUGUCCAUGGAAAGCAGAUGAAGAUGAAGAAGAAAAAGAGCGUGAGGAAGAGAGGAGGAGACAGGAGAAAGAGGAGAGGAAGAUUGAGGAAAAGACAACAGGAGACGUGUGUUUGCUUCAAUCUGACGAGGAAGAGGACGAGGAGCAAAAGGAGAGUGAAGAAGAGAUGAGAAGGAAAAUGGAGGAACAGCCGGAGUCGGAGGAGGAUGAGGAGGUGUGCUCACUGAAGCCGGAUAAGGAUGAUGAAGAUGUCGCGAAGUUGAGAGCAGAAGCGAGGAAGAAAAAGGAGGAAGCUGAAAGAAGGAAGGAGAUGGAGGAAGAUGGUGCGGCAUCAGAGGAGGAUGCAGAGGUUUGCCCAUGGACGCUUGAUGAGGAUGAAGAGGCAAAGGAGCGUGAGGAAGAGAGGAAGAGAGAGGAGGAAGAGGAGAGGAAGAGACGGGAGGAAGAGAGGAAGAAAAUGGAGGAAGAGAGGAAGAGACAGCAGAAAGCUGCGGAGGGCGACGAUGAAAUGUGCGAGUUGGAACAUGAAGACGAAGAUGAGGACAAGGCACCUGGAGAGGAAAUAUCCAAACAGGUGGAGAGAGAGGUGUCUGAGGAGGAAGAGGCUGUGUGUGAAUUGGAAAGUGAGGAGGGACAGGCCGACGGGAGCAAGGGAGAGGGGAAAGAGGAGAUCAAGGGAGAGGAGGAAGAGGACAGCAAGGGAAAGGGAGAAGAGGAGGCCGUGUGUCUGAUCCAAUCCUCCGAGGGAGAGGAUGAGGAGACGACAGAGAGCAAGGAAGAGAUAAGGAAGAAGAUGGAGCAACAACCAACAUCAGAGGAGGAUGAGGUCAGCUGCUCUCUUGACAAGGAAGAGGGUGAUGAUGGCAAGGCCAAGACCAAAGAGGCAGCGAGGAAGAGGAAGGAGGAGCAGGAGGAGAAGAUGCAACCAAUGGAGGGAGACAGCAAAGAGAGGCUGAAGGAGAGCGAGGAAGUGAGGAAGGAGGCAGCGGACGACGUAGAGGUGUGUGAGUUGGAAGAAGAAGAGGUAAAGGCUGAGGAGGAGGAGAUGAUGAAGAGACGGGAGGAGAAAGCCACAGCCGAGGAGGAAGAGGAGGUGUGUGAAUUGGAAGAGGAAGGUGAGGGGGCAAAACAGGAAGAGGCGUAUAACCCGGCAACAGAGGAGGCGGAUGAGACGUGUGAACUGGAGUCACCCGAAGAGGACCAGGUCAAAGAUAGAGAGGAAGAUGGGGAGAGAGUGUCAGAGAAAGCAUCGGUGCCCGAGUGGAAGGGGGAGGGGGAGGAGGAGACAAGCUUAUUAUCUCCCAAUCAGGAAGAGGACGAGAAAUCAAAGGAGGUGGAAGAGAGGAAGAAAACAGAGGAAGAGGAGAGGAAGGGAAAGGAGAAAGAGGAAGAAGAUGAGAUGUGUCUACGGGAACCUGGUGAGGAAAAGGACAAGGAGGACCAGGAAGCCAAAGCAAAAGAGGAAGAGAGGAAGAGGAAAGAGGAAGAAACAAAGAAGAAAAAAGAGGAUGAGGAGGAAGAGAGGAAGCGGAAGGAGGAAGAGGAGAGGAAGGGGCUGGCGGAGGAUGAAGUAUGUGAACUGGAGCCGGGGGAGGAGGAGGAGAAUGAGAAGAAUAAGGAAAAGAGGCGGGAGGAAGAGAGAAAGAGGAAGGAGAAAGAGGAGACCAUGGCUGCAGCAGCUGGAAAGGAGGAAGAGGAGGUGUGUUUGCUGGAGGAUGAUCAGGAGGGGAUGAAGCCGGAAAAAUCAGGGGUUGAAGAGAGUUCCCUGCCUUCCGAUAUGGAAGGUGUUAAGGCAGAAGUGGAAGGUGCGAUGCCCCUAACAGGAAAGCAAACCCUGGACGAAGAGGAGAUGUGUGAGUUGGACACGGGCAAGGAGCUGAGUGGGGAGAUCACUGAACCUCACGAGGCGGUGAGAAGGAGCAUUGAGGAGAGCGAGAUAAAUAUGGAGGAAGGUGAGGUGUGCUCGUUGGGAUCUACUGAAGAACUGCGAGCGAAGAAGAGUAAAGAGAAGGAAGCGGAAGAGACAGAAGUGAAAUCGCUCCAUUCUGACAAGGAGUUGGGGAAAGGGGGAGAAGGAGAAGGAGAAGUGUGUUCACUGGAAUCUGAUGAUGAAGGUGUGAAACGUCAGGAGAAGGGGAUAGAAAAAGAGAGGAAGAGGGUGGAAGAGAUGGAGAGAAGGAAAUUGCUGGAUGAAGAGGAAGACAGGAAGAGGAAUGAGGAGAGAGAGGAAGAAAGGAGGAAGAGAAAGGAGCAAACAAAGAGGAGGAAGAAAGAGGAAAGUAGAAGGAAAAGAGAGGAAGAGAGGUGCGAGAAAAUGCAGGGUAAGAUGAGGGAAAAGGAGAGGACAGCCGAAGGGAGGAGGGGGAGUGAAGUGGACGAGGACGAGUGGAGGAAAUCAGAGCGAGGGAGGAAGAAAAGAAUGGAACAGGAGGACGAGGAGGAGGAGGGGAGGAAGCUACGCAAGGAAAGGAGAAAGAGUAUACUGGAGGAGGAAGAGAGGAAGAAGAAAGUGGCGGAGAUCUUGAAGAAAGAGGAGGAAAUAAAGAACAGGGAAGAGCAGCUGAGGAUCAGGGAGGAGGAGGUCAAAAAGAAAAGAGAAGGGGAGGAGAGGAGAAGACUGGAGGAUGAGGAGAGGAUGAAGAAGGAGGAGAAGAAGAGGAAGAAGGAGGAGACGAGGAGGAAGAGAAUCGAGGAAGAGAAGAGGAUUGAGGAAAAGAAGACGAAGAUUGAGGAGCAAAUCAAAUUGAUGGAACAGCGCAAGGUGUGGGAAGAGGAGCUGAGGAAGAAGCUGGAGGAGGAUGAGAAGAAGAAAAGGGAUGAUAAAGAGCGAAGGAAACGGCAGGAGAAGGAGAGGAAGAAGAAAGAGGAAGAGGAUAGGCGGAAGAUACUGGAGGAGGAGAGGCAGAAGUGGGAGGAGGAAGAGAGGAGGCGACGGGAGGAUGAGGAAAGGAAGAGGCUGGAGGACGAGGAGGUGAGGCAAUGGGAAGUGAAGGAGAGUGGGAGAAUGGACGAUGCAGUCAGGAGAAAGAGAGAGGAUCAGGAGAGGAAGAGGAAGGUGGAGGACAGGAAGAAGAGACGGGCGGAGGAAGAGAGGAAGAGAAGGGAGGAGAGCAAAGUGGACAGGGUGGUGACCCUGGUCAUCAACGUCAUGGACAAGGUGGUAGACAAGUUCAUGGAGAAGAUAACAGAGAAGGACCGCAAAGGCAAAGGCAAAGACAAGAAGGCGGUGGACAAGACCAGAGGUGGCGAUGACGGGUUGGGAAUUGGUCCCAAAAUGGAUGAGUUCUGUGAGCCCGUGGCCUCCGUUUCAGAAGAAGCCAAACAAGAGGGCUUGUCCGAGAUCCAGAAGAAGGGGGCUUCCCUGACCAAACACCAGCGAGAGGCCUUUAAGGAACUUUUCAACCUGUUUUCCGUGGCUCACACCGACGGCCUGACCCGCUUUGACCUGUCGCUGGGGCUGCAGGCUGUGGGCAUUAAGCUGUCCGAGGACAAGCUGGCCGAGUUGGCCCAGACCCUGGAUCUGGACAGAGACGGGCAGGUGGGCUUCGAAGAUUUCCUGGAAUUUGUGACAGAUGGAAGCCGGUUCCUGCAAUAUUUCUCCCAGCUUCCUGACAGCUGUGAGACGUCCACACUUCAGAAGGGAAUCGUCACCAACACGGUCUUCUACAAGAUCCUGGCCGAGGUCUUGAAGCUGGAGGAGCUUUCAGUGGAGUCCACUAGGCUCAUCGUCCAGUACUACUUCGCUAAGAAGAAAGGUGCCAACAUCAAGAGCAAGAGGGACAAACAAGACAAUGGUGAGAUGUUGAUGCCGUCCAACUUCAUGGGCAUCAACCUCCAUCGGCUGGUCCAUUACAUCGACAUAUUGGAGCCCGAGGAGGACUACAUGGAGUCUCUUCUGAACGAGGAACAGUUCUACGCUUUCCGGGAAUUCUUCGAGCUGUUUGACCGCAACUAUCAAGACAGCAUCGAUCACUAUUCCCUACUGAAUAUCAUGACAUCCUUGAAUAUCUACGUGAGGAACCAAUUGAUCCCCAUCCCCAUUCAAUUCUCGCCCAUCAACCGGGGUAGAAAUGUGACCUUCCGAGACUUCCUCACUAUCAUGUCCGACACGACCACCUUCGCCCAGUUUCUGGCUCAGGAGCGCGAGGACCUCUCUCAAACCAGGACUCUUACCCCAGAGAUGGUCCUAUUCGAUGCCAUCUCCAAACAUGUCCACCUCCUCUCCCAAACUGCCAGAGUGGGCGAUGUGAUCAUGAACUUCUACCACCAGAAGCUCAAGGAGAUGCUAGUGGCUCAGUACAAGAGCUUCUCCCCACAAAUGAGCACCAGCGAGGAGUUCACCACCAGUGAAGACUUGCUGACCAGCGAUGAGUAUUCCACCAAUGAAGACCUCCUUCCUCAACCAGCCGGGCAGGUGGUGAGAGAGAAGCCAGUGAGAGAUGAGACAGGAAACGGUAAGGAGACACGGGUCAAGGAGAAGAAAGUUGCAGGCGCGGAGAGGGAGAAACUGAGCAGCGAGGAGAAGAGGAAGAGGGAGGAACAACCCAAGUGCGUGCCCAAGUUAGAGGCGAUGUCAGAGGGCAAAGAGCAGGGCAUAAGCAAGGAGGUGUGUGAGGAAGAAUCCUCAUCACCCAUUCCUGGGCAGACAAGCUCCUCGCUGACUCCCGAUCGGACCCAGACUCACCAGAUGGAGAGGAGCGAUGUGGGCUGUCAGGUGUCGGUCAAGGUGAAAAGCUCCAGGAGCCACGUAGGGAGCAUGAAGCAAGCCAAGCGAGGGGCUGCCUAUGAGAAGAGGUUCAGACAGGCACUCAGGCACCCGGGAUUCAACGCUGUGUUCAACGAGUAUUCCUGGACCUGGAAGAUGGAGGAGGCGGAGAGGCAGAAAGGUCAGGAGCACCUCAAAAAGCGCAAGAAGAAAGCAGAACAAAAAGGCGACGUGGUCAAGGGGAUCGGGAAGAUAAUGGAGAAGGUUGUGGAUAAGGUGAUCGAUCGGAUGAUGGACAAGGUGAUGGAUCGCAUGACAGAGAAGUGGAGGAUAGAGAACAGGGACCGGGUGUCGGCCACAGUGGCGGAGACAAUGUCUGAGACGGCUCACAACCUAAUCGUGGAGGCUCAGACCAUGGAGAACGCCAUGGGCAACAGGGUGGGCGAGAUGGUGGACAAGGUGGUGGUGGAGGUGGCCAACAUGGUGGAGAAGAUGAUGGAGAAAGUGGAGAAGAAGCUGGAGGGCAACGCAGUGGACCAGAUCCACUUGGGUCAUGGGGACACGGUCGGGAGCCAGUCUGACCAGGAAUCUGUGUGUGAGAUGUACUCGUCCAGCGAAGACCAAGCAGAGGAGGAGGAGGAGUACGAGGAGCCCCCGCUCACCCAGAACCAGAAAGAUGCAUUUUACGAGAUUUUUAAAGAGUUUACCAGAAAGGAGGAAGAUUUUAUAGAUUUUGUCAGCCUCCAGUUUGUAUUGACCUCCGUGGGUGCCAGGCUGAGGGACGAGAAGAUUCACCGAGCGCUGGAGGUCCUGGACAGUAAUAAGGACAGCCGGGCGGAUUUUGAGGACUUCCUCAACCUGCUGACCAACACCAAACUCUUCUUCAAGUUCUUCGGCGAUUUGCCGGACCGCUGUGAGGGCACGGGACUCCACAAGGGCUUCGUGGACAACACCAUCUUCUUCGAGCUCCUGUCCAAGUUCAUCGAGUUUCAACUGCUCUCUGAAGACUCCGUCAGGAAGAUCAUCAAGUAUUACUACCUGAAGAAGAAAGGAGCCAAGCUAUUGACCAAGGACGAGGGGGUCAAGAACCUCCCUACCUUCCUGGGACAGACCGUCUAUAACCUGGUCAACUACGUGGACAUCCUGCAGCCGGACGCGGAUUACAAGGAGGUGGAUUUGACCGAGGAGCAGGUUGCAGCAUUCCGAGAUGUCUUUGAGAUCUUUAACAGGACGGGUGAGGACAGUGUAGGGGUGGACUAUCUCCUGGACAUGAUGAAGCAGGUGCAGAUCUACCUGAAGAACCCCCUCGUGCCCAAUGAUGUCAAGGUCAACGGGGUCAACCAGGGCCGCCCGGUAGGCUUCCAGGACUUCCUGACCAUCAUGACGGACACAGCUACUUUCAGGCAGUACUUGGCUCCGGUCUACAAGGAGUGCAAGGGCGAAGUGGACAGCGAUGUAGUACUGUUUGAGGCUAUCACCCGUCUUGUAGAUUCGACCAUCCUCACUGCGAAGACCAAGGGCAUCAUCACCGUCUACUACCGCAGUAAGUUCCAGCACAACUGGAACGUGGAUAAGGAACCCCCAGAGAAACCUCACUCGGCCCAUCAGCAGCAGAAGGGAAAUCUUGACAAGCCCCGCGCCACCCCUCCCUCCACUGCCCCCAGACCCACCUCCAGGAACACGACCCAAAUCCCAAGGAGUGUCGCAGUGCAAGACCAUGGAAAAAUAACCACGGCCAAUGCCGGCAGGAAGCACCAUAAGGAACAGGGGAAUCGCAAACGGAACGAUCUGGAGAAGCGAUUCGCUGUGGCUCUGCAGAACCCAGCUUUCAAAGAAGCUUUCAACGCUUACUCUUGGACGUGGAGAAAUCGGGCAGAUGUGGAGGGAGGUCCCCCACAGAGGAAAGAAGAAGGUGAGAUGGAGGAGGAACUGAGCCGAGAUGAUGAGGGGAGGAUUGUUGGGCAAGGCGAUGAGAAGAAAGAGUUCAAGGAGCAAUUGGAGAAAGAGUCACUCACAAAGGAGUCCAGAGAAGUAGAGGCUGGAGGAUCAAGAAGAGGAGGAGGAGCAAAGAAGGCAAGCCAGGAAGCCUACAAUGUGAAUGAGGAAGAGCCGGAGAUGGAAUCCAUGGACACAUCGUCAGAUGAGGUGUGCGAUUUGGAUAUUGAGGGGAAGCAAGUGUACGAGUUGGAGAAAGAAGAGCAGGAGGAAGUGAAGGUAGAUGAGCCCGAGGAGGAAGUGUGUGAGUUGGAGGAACAGGAAGUGAAAGCUGUAGAACCUGAAGAGGAAGUGUGUGAGUUCGAGAAAGAGCAAGAAGUGAAAGAGGAAGUAGAGCAGGAGGUAGAACCUGAGGAGGAAGUGUGUAAAUUGGAGGAGGAGGAGGAAGUAAAAUCACCCGAGCCAGAAGCAGAAUCCGAGGAGGAAGUGUGCAAAUUAGAGGAGGAAGUGGGAGAGGUAGAAGUAGAGCAGGAACUGAAAUCAGCAGAAUCUGAACCAGAGGAGGAAGUGUGUGACUUGGAGGAAGAGAGAGUGGAAUUACCCAAGCCAGAAGCUGAACCAGAGGAGGAAGUGUGUGAGUUGGAGGAAGAGAGAGUGGAAUUACCCAAGCCAGAAGCUGAACCAGAGGAGGAAGUGUGUGAGUUGGAGGAAGAGAGAGUGGAAUUACCCAAGCCAGAAGCUGAACCAGAGGAGGAAGUGUGUGAGUUGGAGGAAGAGGGAGUAGAAUCACCCAAGCCAGAAGCAGAACCAGAGGAGGAAGUGUGUGAGUUGGAGGAAGAGGGAGUAGAAUCACCCAAGCCAGAAGCAGAACCAGAGGAGGAAGUGUGUGAGUUGGAGGAAGAGGGAGUGGAAUCACCCAAGCCAGAAGCAGAACCAGAGGAGGAAGAGGGUGAGUUGGAGGAAGAGGGAGUGGAAUCACCCAAGCCAGAAGCAGAACCAGAGGAGGAAGAGGGUGAGUUGGAGGAAGAGGGAGUAGAAUCACCCAAGACAGAAGCAGAACCAGAGGAGGAAGUGUGUGAGUUGGAGGAAGAGGGAGUAGAAUCACCCAAGACAGAAGCAGAACCAGAGGAGGAAGUGUGUGAGUUGGAGGAAGAGGGAGUGGAAUCACCCAAGACAGAAGCAGAACCAGAGGAGGAAGUGUGUGAGUUAGAGGAAGAGGAGGUGAGAGAGGUAGAUGCACAAGAAGAGGAAGAGCAUGAGAUAGAAGAAGAGGUGAAAGAGGUAGAAGCACAAGAAGAAGUGUGUGAGUUGGAGGAAGAGGAAGAAGCAGAGCCAGAACCUGAGGAGGAAAUAUGCGAGUUGGAGGAAGAGGAGGUGAGAGAGGUAGAGGCAGGACCCGAGCCAGAGGAGGAAGUGUGUGAGUUGGAGGAGGAGGAGGUGAAAGAGGUAGAGGAAGAGGAAGUGUGUGAGCUGGAGGAAGAGGAAGUAAAAGAAGUAGAGGAAGAGGAGGUGUGUGAGCUGGAGGAAGAAGAACCAGAACCCGAGGAGGAAAUAUACGAACUGGAGGAAGAGGAAGUGAAAGAACAAGUAGAGCAGGAUGAAGUGAAAACAGCAGAGCCAGGAUCUGAGGAGGAAGUGAAAGAAGUAGAGGAAGAGGAAGUGUGUGAGUUGGAGGAAGAAGAGCCUGAACUUGAGGAGGAAAUAUGCGAACUGGAGGAAGAGGAAGUGAAAGCGGAAGAACCGGGACCUGAAGAGGAAGUGUGCGAGUUGGAGGAGGAAGAGCAGGUGGAAGUGAAACCAGCAGAGGCUGAGGAGGAAAUGUGCGAGUUGGAGGAAGAGGAGGGUGCGGUACAAGAGGAGGAAGAGGGGGAAGAACGCCAGUUGGAAGACGAGGAACCAGAAGAGACGACAGAUGAACUGUGUGAGCUGGAGGAGGAGGAGGAAGCCACCAGGUCCUCGGAUGGGCUGUGUGAGUUGGAGGAUGAGGAGCCGGAGACCAGAUCCUCCGAGGAGCUGUGUGAGUUGGAGGAGCAGGAAGUGAGGGAGGGGGAAGGGGAAACAGAGGAUGAAGCAUGUGAGCUGGAGCAAGAAGAGUCGACAGAAGAGGAAAUAUGUGAGUUGGAAGAGGGAAAGGAGGAAGAGGUUGUGUCAAAGACAUCGGAGGAGGAACUGUGUGAGUUGGAAGAUGAGGUAAAGGAGGAAGCAGAGAAAGAGGAAAAGAUUGUACCAAAGCGAUCGGAGGAGGAAUUAUGUGAGUUGGAAGAUGAGGUAAAGGAGGAAAAGGUUGUGUCAGAGCCAUUGGAGGAGGAACUGUGUGAAUUGGAAGAAGAGGUAAAGAAGGAAGAAGUGAAGGAGGAAGUGUUGGAGGCAAAACCCUCGCAGGAGGAAUUGUGUGAGUUGGAGGAAGAGGUAAAGGAGGAAAAGGUUGUGUCAAAGCCAUCGGAGGAGGAACUGUGUGAAUUGGAAGAAGAGGGAAAGAAGGAAGUGAAGGAGGAAGAGAUGGAGGCAAAACCCUUGGAGGAGGAAUUGUCUGAGUUGGAGGCCGAGGGGCAGAAGGAAGUGGCGGCAACAACAGAGCCAGAGUCCAGAGCACCAGAUGUUUGUGAUCUGGAGCUCGAAGAGCAACCAACAGGGAGAGAGGAAGAUAGAAGAGAGGAAGGGUUAAAGAGUGAGCGCAUGGAUCAGGUGGAGUAUGUGGUCAAGGUGGUGGUGAAGGUAGUGGAGAAGGUAGUGGACAAGGUCAUGGAGAAAGCAAUUGAGAAGUUGCUUCAGGUAGAGCAGGACCGCGUGGAGGACAAGGGCAAAGUGGUGAAGGUGGUGGGCAGGGUCGUAGACAAUGUGGUAGAGAAGAUCGAGCAGAUGAUGGAAGAUGCCGGCAAGAUGGAAAACAUGGUAGAGCAGAAGAUUGAGAAAAUGGUGGAGCUGGUGGUGGAGGAAGGGGAGAAGAUGGUGGAGAAGAUGAUCGAGAAGAUGGGGAGGUUCGUGGAAGAGAGUGGCGAUUUGGACACGGAGGCCUUGCUGUCUCAAAUGCCGUUCAGAGACGGCGAUCUCACGACCUCGAGCCAAGAGAAACCUGCGGUGACCAGGAAACAGCUGGAGGCGUUCCGCGAACUCUUCGACAUGUUUCUGAAACGAUCGGGAGACGCCAUCGACUUGGACAAGUUCAAGGUCAUUCUGGCCAGCGUGGGGGUGAAGAUGAGCGAUUCCAAAGCGGGAAGAGCCUUCAAGAGCUUUGACGUGAAUGGGGAUGGCAAAGUGGAUUUCUCGGACUUCCUGACAGUCAUGACCGACACCAAACUCUUCUUCCAGUUCUUCAAGGAGCUGCCCGACGUCUCCCAGUUUCUGGUGGUGCACAAGGGGUACGUGGACGACACAAUCUUCUUUCAGAUGUUGACCAAAGUCAUGAAGAACCAAAUCAUCUCCGAAGACUCCACCAUCAAAAUCAUCAAGUACUUCUUUCGGAAGAAGAAAGGCGCCAAGCUGAAGACUAAGAAGGAGGACAAGGUUUGCAGCAAGGCUGACAAUACCUUCCUGGGAAUCCCCGUCUUGAGUCUGAUACAGUUCGUGGAUAUCCUGGAGCCUGAGGAGCAAUACCGGGAGCUACCCCCCACGGCGGAAGAGGUGACGGCCUUCCGGGAAUUCUUCCAAAUGCUGGUGAGAAACAGCAAUGACCGUAUCGACGUGGCCAGUCUGCUGAGCAACAUGACCAAGCUGGACAUCUGCCUGAAAAACCCUCUGGUUCCCAAUGACGUGAAAUGCGCCACCGUGAAUGGGGGUAAGGAGGUGGACUUCCAGGACUUCCUGAAGAUCAUAACGGACACGUCCAAGUUUGGCCAGUACCUGAGUCCUCCCUGCGAGGUCGUAGACCCCUACCUCUCCCCGGAGGUGGUGCCUUUUGAGAUACUCCUCAGGUUGGUUGAAGCUCCCGUCAUCAAUGACAGGUUGAAAAAGACGGUGACCGGCUAUUACCGGGACAAGUUUGAGGAGCCCAUCCCCAUAUAUCCCGAGAUCACAGGGGAAUCCCGAGGGUCCAGUGUCUCACGCGUCGUCUCCGAGGAACGCAGGCCGUUGUCAGCCGAAGAGGAAGGAGCGGAAGAGGAGGAGCCAGAGGAACUCGAGAAGGAGCCACAGGAACCAGAGCAGGAGCCAGAGGAGGAGCCUGAGCAGGAACCAGAGCCAACGGAGCCUGAACCAGAGAAGCCAGUGGUGCCAGAGGAGCCAUUGGAACCAGAGACAGAGGAACCAGAGCCAGAGCAACCUGAAACAGUGGAGCCAGAGGAACCUGAGCCAGAGGAGAUAGAGGAACCAGAGGAAUCUGAACCAGAGCCAUCUGAACCAGAGCCAGAGAAAACAGUGGAACCAGAGGAGCCAGAGGCCAAACCAGUGGUAAAAGAAAGCAAAUCCGCAGUGAAGGAACCUCCGCCGGUCAAGAAGCCAGUGGCGUCCAAACCCCCGGUAAAAGCCCCCGUCCCGGCCAAGCCCCCAGCCAAGCCCCCGGCCAAACCAGUGUCCAAACCACCCGUCAAAAAACCCCUAGUCAAGAAACCAUCUGUGGCGAAGGUGCCAGUGAAAAAGCCCCCACCUGUCAAGAAACCAGCAGUGAAAACGCCGCCCAAAACUCCAGUGAGAAAGACUCCGGAACCGGAGCCGGAGCCGGAACCGGAACCAGAACCAGAACCUGAACCUGAACCUGAGCCCGAACCAGAGGAGGAACCAGAGCCAGAGGAGGAAAUUGAGCUAGAGGAAGAGGAAGCGAAAGUGGAAGAGGAGGAACCAGAGACAGAGGAGGAGCUAGAAGAGGAACCAGUGAUCGUGGAGCCAGUGAAGGUGGUGCCCCCGGCAAAGGUCUCAAAGGCGGAAUCCCUGAAGAAGACCAUCCUCAAGUUGGAGGAACGCAAGAAGGAAGUCAAACCGGUGCUCAGACCACAGAGACUUCCUGUGGUGACCGCAGGCCCGCCCAGAGUCAAGAACUUCAACAGAGCCCUGCUCCAGGACGCCAACAAGACCGCAGGCCGGGCAGGCAGACCGGAUGCGCAGCAGAUCCGAGCUCAGGUCAGGGAGGCUACGGGGGAGUACGAGAGGAAUGCACUGAAAAACCGACUGUACUACGAGAACAAGUUCCGAGAUGCCAUGAGGAACCCGGCUUUCUGCCAAGCGUUCCGAGAGUACACCUGGACCUGGAGGACCCAGAGUAUAGACCGGGCCAGGAGCUCGGUUCGGGAGAAACAAUGA